AUGGAUUCGAGAGGAAGGACUUCCCAGAGUGGUGGUUACGCACACAGCAACAAUAACAACAACAACAACAAUAAUAAUAAUAAUAACAGCAAUAGUAACAAUAAUAACAUUAAUAGCAGUAGCAACAACGGAAACGGGCCUGUCUCUAACGGAAGAGCUAACGGAAAGCAAAGACUCACAGCAGCACAGCAACAGUACAUCAAGAAUCUCAUAGAGACGCAUAUCACCGACAACCACCCUGAUUUGCGCCCCAAGAGCCAUCCGAUGGAUUUCGAAGAGUAUACAGAUGCAUUCCUGAGAAGGUACAAGGACCACUUUCAAUUGGACGUCCCCGACAGCCUAACACUGCAGGGAUACCUUUUGGGCUCCGAACUGGGCGCAAAGACAUAUUCAUACAGAAGGAACACCCAGGAGAAGCACGAUAAAAGAAUACACAAGAAGGACCUGGCCAAUGUGGUGAGAAGGCAUUUCGAUGAGCAUUCCAUUAAAGAGACUGACUGCAUACCGCAAUUCAUAUAUAAGGUGAAAAACCAGAAGAAAAAAUUCAAGAUGGAAUUUCGGGGCUGA